AUGUCCUUUAAUGAAGGAGACGCCAGGGGAGUGAAACAGCCUCACAACGAUCCCCUGGUCAUAGUGCUGAAUAUAGAAGGGUUCAAUACCAGAAGGAUCCUUGUUGAUAACGGAAGCUCAGCGGAUAUCAUCUACCUCCCAGCCUUCCAGCAGUUGAAGUUAGAUCCAAAAAGGCUCCGUCCUUUUGACUCUCCGCUGGUCAGUUUCAGUGGAGACAGGGUCUACCCCAGGGGUGAAGUGAAGGGUGAUCAGGUCCUGGCAAGGGAGUGCUACCAGGCCGUACUAGCAAGAAAGGAGAACCACACGUGGACGAUAGAAGAAAAAGAGGAAGACGGAGUGGAGACCCUGGAAGCAGUGGAGUUGGUAGAAGGAAAUGUGGACAGGACAACCAGGAUAGGGACGACGCUAAGCCCUGAGAUGAGAACGAGACUCAUAAAGUUCCUUAAAGGGAAUCUUGAUGUCUUUGCAUGGAGUCACGAGGACAUGCCAGGCAUAUCUCCAGAGAUCAUCCAGCAUAGACUGAAUGUGGACGCCAAUAGGAAGCCCGUUCAGUAA